CUUCCGGGGUCCUUGACGGGUGGGAGAGCGAGAGGGAGGGGAGCGGACCCCGCUUCUGCGGGAAUUACCUGCGCCCCCAGUCGAGUCUCCCCGGGCUGGGCAGCGGCACGUGCGGAGCCCCGAGCCCGGGUGUUCUCCGAGCAUAGCCUGCGGGCAGCUGCCGCCCGAGAGAAGAGGGAGGGGGCAGGAAGCGAGGUUCAAAGUCACGCGGCCGGAGCAGCCCAACUCAGGAAUUAGUGCCACAAAGAAAACCUGAUGCAACCUCUUCAGAUCCUUCCCCGCCGAUUACUUUCCGGGCUAUACUGUGGACUGAAAUCUCCAGCCUCCUCUGGAACCCGGAUUUGCCCAACAAUGGCUCGACCAAGUUCAAAUAUGGCUGAUUUUCGGAAGCUUUUUGUGAAAGCAAAGCACAUAGUCAUCCUUUCAGGCGCUGGCAUUAGUGCUGAGAGCGGAGUCCCAACUUUCCGAGGAGCCGGGGGCUACUGGAGAAGAUGGCAAGCUCAGGACCUGGCCACCCCACAGGCCUUUGCACGAAACCCUUCCCUGGUGUGGGAGUUCUACCACUACCGGCGGGAGGUCAUGCUGAGCAAGGAGCCGAACCCGGGGCACCUUGCCAUUGCUGAAUGUGAGGCUCGGCUGCGCGAGCAGGGCCGACGGGUCAUGGUCAUCACUCAGAACAUCGAUGAGCUGCACCGCAGGGCUGGCACCAAGAACCUUCUGGAAAUCCAUGGUAGCUUAUUUAAAACCCGCUGUACCUCUUGUGGCAUUGUGGCUGAGAAUUACAAGAGUCCCAUUUGUGCAGCUUUAUCAGGGAAAGGUGCUCCAGACCCCGAAGCUCAAGAUGCCGGAAUCCCAGUGGAGAAACUUCCCCGGUGCGAAGAGGCCGGGUGCGGGGGUCUGCUGCGACCCCAUGUGGUGUGGUUUGGAGAAAACCUGGAUCCUGCCAUUCUGGAAGAAGUUGACAGAGAGCUGAACCUCUGUGACUUGUGUCUAGUGGUGGGAACUUCCUCCGUGGUUUAUCCUGCCGCCAUGUUCGCGCCCCAGGUGUCUGCCCGGGGAGUGCCAGUGGCCGAAUUCAACAUGGAAACCACCCCGGCCACCAACAGAUUCAGGUUCCAUUUCCAGGGGCCAUGUGGUACUACUCUUCCCGAAGCCCUUGCUCCUCAUGAAACUGAAAAUGUUUCUUAGUUGCCCUGCGGAAAGAAAAAAUCGUAGUACCUAGUACUAAGUACCUGGCCACAGACAAGAGGAGAACCAGUCGUGGGAUGGUGAGCUAAAGACUGGAAGAUCUCAGAAUACCCUUCAAUUCCCUGGCUGGAAUCCCACCUGAUGAUAAGUGAUGGGGGCCUAGAAGCAACAAUAGCAAACACUCUUAGAAAUCAGCAAACCGUCAAGUUAAUACGUCUUGUUUUGCGUGGGCUUAAACAUAAGAUAUCUCAUGGGUGUUUGGUUGGUCCUGGAAAGGGAAAAUUAUUUGUAAUUAGAUUAUCUUUUUAAAAAAAGUCAUUAUCCUGCUUGAAUUGUUGCCAUCUAGACACAGAGAGAAGAAGAGGGCUAAAACCUUGGUAUUUCUGAUUUUUGCCAAGUUUCGGCGGAAAAUAAAAUUACUCUCUAUAGUA